AUGACGUCCACAGCAACGACCCUCAAGGGUCAACCCCUCGAUCGUCCCACGUUGGACUCCAUGCUCCGACGCCGCCUCUUCUACACUCCCGCCUUCGAGAUCUACGGUGGUGUCGCCGGUCUCUACGACUACGGCCCUCCUGGCUGCAGCCUCCAGGCCAACCUGAUCGACCAAUGGCGCAAGCAUUUCAUUCUCGAGGAGGAUAUGCUCGAGGUGGACUGCACCGUCCUCACUCCUCACGAAGUCCUCAAGACCAGUGGCCAUGUUGAUAAGUUCGCCGACUGGAUGUGCAAAGAUCCCAAAAACGGCGAGAUCUUGAGAGCCGACCACUUUGUGGAAGAGGUCCUGGAGACCCGCUUGAAGGGUGACAAGGAGGCACGUGGUCAGAAGAUUGAGGAGAAGGAGGAAGACCCCAAGAAGAAGAAGCGAAAGAACAAGGGCGCCGUCGAGGCCGUCAAGCUCGAAGAUGCUGUCGUGCAGGAAUAUGAGGAGAUCCUGGCCAAGAUCGACAAUUACAACGGUCAAGAGCUUGGUGAGCUGAUCAAGAAGUAUGAUAUGAGAAAUGCGGCAACCGGUGUUCAGCCAUCACCCCCGGUGGCCUUCAAUUUGAUGUUCCAAACUGCCAUUGGUCCCAGCAGCAACGUGGCUGGUUACCUGAGACCUGAGACUGCUCAGGGUCAGUUCUUGAACUUCGCUAAACUUCUCGAGUACAAUCAGCAGCAGAUGCCCUUCGCAUCAGCCUCUAUCGGCAGGUCAUACAGAAAUGAGAUCUCCCCACGAGCUGGCUUACUCAGAGUACGAGAGUUCUUGAUGGCCGAGAUUGAGCACUUUGUCGAUCCUCAGGGCGGCAAGAAGCACCCCCGCUUCCAAGAUGUGAAGGAUGUCGAGCUUGUUCUGCUGAACAGAGAGACUCAACUGUCUGGCAAAACUAACGUGGAGAAAGUAACCAUUGGCGAAGCCGUGGCGAACGGAACUGUCGACAAUGAAACGCUUGGCUACUUCCUUGCCCGUAUUCACCUUUUCUUGAAGAAGAUUGGUGUGGAUCAGAGCAAGAUCCGUUUCCGUCAACACAUGGCGAAUGAGAUGGCUCACUAUGCCGCUGAUUGUUGGGACGCUGAACUUUUCACAUCAUACGGCUGGGUUGAGUGUGUUGGUUGUGCUGAUCGAUCUGCCUAUGACCUCAGCGUGCACGCAAAGAAGACUGGUGCUCCGCUUAUCGUGCGUCAACGUCUGGAUGAGCCUAUCACAAUCGAGGAAUACCAAGUCACGCUCGACAAGAAGAAGUUUGGCCCUCAUUUCAAGAAGGACGGCAAGACUGUCGAGGCGGCUCUCCUAGCGACUUCUCAGGAGAAGAGAGAGGAGCUCUCUAAGACUCUCGAGACUGCCGAUUCCAUCACAAUUGAAGUGCCUGGCGUUGGUGAUGGCAAAGCAACCGUGCCUAAAGAGCUUAUCACUGUUGCGAAGCAAAAGAGGGUCGAGAACGUUCGGGAAUUCACUCCUAAUGUUAUUGAGCCCUCUUUCGGUAUUGGUCGUAUCCUAUACGCGCUCAUGGAGCAUUCAUACUGGACACGUGGCACUGAGGGUGUCGACGAGGCCCGAGGCGUCCUCUCCUUCCCGCCUAUUGUGGCACCAACAAAGGUUCUCAUCGUACCUUUGUCUAACAAUGAGCAAUUCAGACCAUUCUGCCAAAGAUUAUCUCAAAGGCUGCGAAAAAUGGGUAUCUCCAGCCGUAUUGAUGACUCUUCAGCAACCAUUGGCAAGCGCUACAGCCGUAACGACGAGCUUGGUACACCUCUCGGCAUAACCGUGGACUUCCAGACCGUUCAAGAUAAGUCAAUCACUCUCAGAGAUCGUGACUCGACAAAACAGGUCCGUGCAGAUGAGGACAAAAUUGUUGAGGCUAUCAAGUCUGUCGUAGAAGGUGACAAGACAUGGGAAGACAUCCAAGCCGAGCUGCCUGCUUUCGAGGGUCAGGAGGUCGAAGUUGCUGUACGAUAA